GAAUCACUUCCCCAGACUUAAGUCUCUCUUUUGAAUGUAAUGUCGUGAGAAGUGCUGGGUAAAGCUUUGAAAAGUUGUACCUUUCCCCACUUCUUUUUUCUUUUCUCCCUCCCCUGGGCAGGGAUAGUGUGAAGUUACUCUUGGACAGCAGGGGGGGAAGAAUCAAAUUUGAACUGAGCUUCCUGCAAAGCUCUAAAAAGGGGAGAGCUCUGUGCCUUGAGAGUCCUUCCUAUAUCAUUAGAAAAAAAUAUUCUUCAUUUGAGUAAAAUGCCUCACAAUCGUCCCAGGAAUCCGAGUCCAGUUGCAGAGGUGACGUGGGAUUCUGGGCUGAAGGAAAUGAAUGAGACCUGGAAAGGAGCAAUUGCCUGCCUUGGGGUAGCUGUGUUCUUUGUGAUGACCAUUGGGAUUAUCUACUGGCAAGUGGUGGAUCAGCCAAACAAAAAUUGGAUCCUGAAAGGGAACGCCAGUGGUCUUAUUUGGGAAAGAAAAGCUCAUUCCCUCAUCCUGCAGACUCUGAGUGAAGACAAAACUUUCCUGGAGAUUCACAUGGGAAGCCUCUCAGAUGUGGAGGUACCUUUAAUGAAGAAUCUGUGUUGGAUAAACAAGACGGAAUUCUGUUAUACCUGGGAAGCCCUCGCACACUUGAAUAUCUCCUUGGAGUCCAGCCUUUCUUCCAACACGGAGUGCUACAGCAUCGGUUGGACGCCUCUGCACUGCCAGGUUAAGAUCAAGGACUGCUUUUCCAUGGUAAAUAUUUCCUGGUAUGGAGGAGCAAGUGUCAGCAGCCAGCAUUGGCCUCUGAACAAUGUGAGCAUCCAGUCCCAGCCAUUCAUCAUCAGCAACCUCGCCAAAACCCCAGCUGCUUAUGGCUCUGUCUUAGAAAGAUAUUUUUUGGGAUCAACUGGAGUGACAGUGAUGAUUGCCUCAGACAUACCCAUCUUCCUCUCAGUAGAGAGGAACAAACAUUUUUGCCUUGAGAGCACCCUUGGCGUCAAUAUGGCAUCCCUGCAGUACACAGUGUGUGUCAGUCAAAACAUCACGUCUGCCCAUCAGGAAGUGGGAAGCCAGCUUUCAGGACAUCAGCGGAAGCUGCCAGAUACUGAAAUACUAAGGUUGCCUGUCUGGAGCUAUUACAGAGCAGCAGAUUCUGUUGCCAAGGUGGAGCGAGGAUUAAGAUAUUUCUUCAACAGACUGCAAAGGCAUCACUUCGGGGAGGGGCUAAUCGCUCUCAAUGAACAUUCCACAGUGCUACUUGGUAAUACGGAACACACCUUUUUACCUGUGCUGAGACGAAAAGGGUUGCAUAGUCCAAGGCUUGCCAUGGACUCCUCACAUACAAAACAUCUAAAGCUUUCCAUAACCGUGUCCCCUUUUGCAAGCAUCAACUCCCAACUUUUUCAGAUGUCUCUACAAGAAGGCAAAGAAGACUUUUGGCUGAGCCGCCACUCUGAAUCUGGUGACUACUCGGUGCCGCUGCUCACCAGAUGGAAAGGGCAGUUUUCUGCUCAGCUAAAUGUAACCAGCUGGGCUGCGGUGCUCUGGUACAUGGACCAAGUGAGCCUCUUGAGGCAGCGACUGGGAGCAGAGUAUUUGGUUUUCGAAAGUGGCGAAGGCAAUUGGUUUAUGGAGCAAGCAAUCCCACCUCCAACACAACUUGGAGGGGAUAAGUACAUUCACAUUUUAGCCUCAAUGGCAGCUGCAUUGGGAAACUCGUCAAUAAUUAGUGCCGGCACGAGAGUCAGCCACCUGCCGCUCUUUCUCCAAAUGAACCCCCGCCAGCCUGACUGGAGCUACGCUGGUUUGAAAGGGAUUAUUCCAUCAGUGCUUCAUUACAGUCUUCUUGGUUAUAACUUUUUUAUUCCAGACGCAAUAGGAGGAAGUCUAGCAAAUGAAUUUCUGAUCGAUGAAGAGCUAUACAUUAGAUGGCUGCAGAUUGUGACUUUCCUUCCUGUGAUGUCUUUCCGUACUCCACCAUGGGUCUGUUGUGAUGACUGGGUGCUGAAUCUCACCAGGCACUAUGUUCAGACACAUCAGAGUUUUGUGGUGCCUCUUGUUGAAAAAUACAGCAAGGAGUGGCUCUCUGUAGGAUACCCUAUUUUUCGACCUGUAUGGUGGCUCAGCCCCACUGAGUCCAUUACCUUUACAAUUGAUGAUGAAUUUCUCAUAGGAGAUGAGGUCCUUGUUGCCCCAAUAACAGAACAAGGGCAACGUCAAAGAGAUAUUUACCUGCCCAGAGAAGGUCAGAAGUGGAAGGACAUCAAUACAGCCCAGGUGUUUGAUGGAGGGACCUUCAUCAGGAACUAUUCAGUCUCUCUCAUGGAUGUGCCUGUUUUCAUUAAGACUUUCUAGAUUCCAAAUCUGACUCAGAUCUCAGAAGGUUUCCCUGUAUCUCGGAGAAGGAUUGCUGACAAGAGCAUCCAUGUUGACAAGGAAGUUCUUUCUCU